AUGGUCUCCCAUCUAUCAUCAUUGUCCCAGGAAGAGGUGCAAGCAUUCAGCUCUGAGUUGAUUCGAGCCAUGAAUGAGAACAACAAAUCGAAAUUUGACUGUUUACUCUCAAAUACCGCGUAUGGCGUGUCUGGAUACGACCAUUACGGCCGCCUUCCUCUCACAUGCGCCGUGCAGCACAAUCGCAGCGAUUAUGUCAAGGCCCUGCUCGAUCGCAAUGCCAAUGUCAACCGCCCAUCACUAGAACCAUUAUAUAAGGGCUUCACACCUCUUUUUUGGGCAGUGGCCAAAGGGAGUGAAGAGGUUACGAAACUCCUUCUCGAUGCAGGAGCAUCAGUAGAUUCGCUCAGUGACAACCGCACGCCACUCUUCUUGGCUGUCCAAUACAAAGACCCGAAGAAGAUCGAACUUUUACUUCGUUAUCACGCUAAUCCUCAUGCUGUAUGCGCCUGGAGGCGCGGGUAUUUCGAAUCACCUUUCUCGCUCGCUAUAAGGCUACGCUUCGCUGAGGCAAGUAGUCUCUUACUAGAGGCACAGUUCCACCAUCUAGUAUCGUCAUUGAACCGAUCUACGACAGAUAAAAUCAGUAUCCACAAAAACUCAGUGCUGCUAAUGCAAGAGAGGCUUGAGACUUUAGCCAAACGGGCCUCCGAGGAGAGUCCUCUAGAGGUGGAAAGAACGAAAAUUGAAAAGACAGCUCCAAUCAUCCAUAGAGGUAUCCCGAGUUUUGAUUGGACGGUAGACAUCAAGGCUGAAGUUGAGCAUUGGAACUUUAUAGUCUAG